AUGGUUCAUCUAGAUCUUCUUGCAGCGAUGGUUCAUAUUCCGAGUGAUGGUUCAUCUGGAUCUUCUUGCAGCGAUGGUUCAUCUGGAUCUUCUUACAACAAUUCAUCAUAUUCUGACAGCAACGACUCUGACUCUAACGAUGAAUGUUGUAGUCCUAUUGCUGAAGAGGAGUUUGCUGAAACCGAGAACAGCCGAAGAAGCAGCAACAGUUCAUUACUUGAAGAUGGUGAGAUAGAAGAAGAGCACGGCGCCUCCCCAGUGGCUGCAGAGAAGUUUGCUGAAACCGAGAACAGCCGAAGAAGCAACAGUUCAUUACUUGAAGAUGGCGAGAUAGAAGAAGAGCACGGCACCUCCCCUGUGGCUGCAGAGAAGUUUGCUGAAGCUGUCAACAGUACAGGAUCUGCCAAUGGCCAAUGCGUCAGAAGCAGCCUGGCUCCUGCCGUCCAUCCCGAGCCAUCGAAGCCGCAACCAGCUGCACAAGGCACUGUUCGUCAUUUCUGUGCCAAGGGUUAUGAGAAGAAGCGCGAGAGGGCUGUGGCUGCACAAGGCACCGUUGGUCAUUUCUCUGCCAAAGCUUUUGAGAAGAAGCGCGAGAGGCAGAGAGCCUACAAAAAGCUAGAAGAGAUGGAGAGGAACGCGAAGGCGAAGCCCAUCUUCGACUGGAUACACCCGAGACACUUGAGGCAGCUAGGGAUCACCACCCCGGUGGAGUACGCUGUCACCUCGGAGCGGCGUUUUCCUGCUCGUCGUGGCUGCCCGGUGCAGAGUCUACUUGGGCACUUCUUGAAAGCAGAGUAG